AUGGAUCAAAUUUUGUUUUGUAUAAAUGAGAAAUGCACUUCUUAAUCAAGAUUAUUAUUAACUAUGGCAGAUGUACCUAAACAUAAUGAUAAAUCUCAUAAAGUUGUAUAAUUUAAGGAGUUCAAAUCAUAUAUAAUGGAAAAAUAUGGAGAUGCAGAUUUGUAGAAAAUAUAAAAAAUCACAAGCAAUGAAAAAGCUAUUAAAGAUGCAAUUUCUAAGAUAAUUAAAGAAGUAAAAGAGAAGUUGGAUUUGUUUGAAAUUAAUGAAAUUAAGUAUAAUAGAAAGAUUAACAUAAAUUAUAGGAAAAUGCCAAGUUUACAAUAACUUUCAGAAUAUGUAUGGACAGUAAGGAAAACAGAAAAUCUAAAAGAUAUAACAAGUGAUUUGUUAAAGACUGUUGUAGAAUUCUAAGUAGAAAAGAUUCCUAAAUACGGUUUCAUUUUAGAACAGAUAGAUGAUCGUAUGAAUAAAUUGAAAACUGAAGUUAUUGGAAUGUUGAAAGCUUAACAAUAUGAUUUAUAGAUUACUACAUUGGGUAAUGUUAAAUAUACAUGGAGUGAUCAAUUUAAGGCCAAUAUUUAUGCUAUAAAAGAUGAAGCAAAAAAAGAGAUUGAGGCAACAAGUAUAUAAUUCUUAAUAUAAUUAAUAGCAUCAUUUAUGGGAUGGUCAUUUGCAUGCAUUUAAUAAUAGUUGACAUCUUAAAAAAGAUGGGAAGCAAAAUUAGAGAUUAGAGCAAGUGAAUCUGAUUAAAAGAAUUUAUAAGCCAGUUAAUUGGGAUAAUCCUAAUUAAAAAAACAAUCUUACAGUUUUGCUAUUGGAAUAACACUCUAAAAAUUAAGACAAUUAAAAGGACUUGAAUAAUAAGAUUUAGCUACUGUAGGUCAUGGCUUUUAUUUAAUUAGAUCUGAUGGAUGUAAUAAAUAUUAAUAUCUAUAUGAAAGGGACUUGUCAUAAUUCAGAUAAAAAUAUUAAUUGGAAAUAAGGAUUAGCAUUCACUCCAGAACCUAAAGAUGUCAUACUUAUUAAAUUUGAUCCUAGUGAUGGUGAUCUAGUAUUUGAAUAAGGCAAGAAUAAAUACUAAAUGAAAGUGGAUAGAAUUUCAAAUGAUGUGUUUUUAUUCUGUGUACACUUAAAAGGAUGUAAGGCCAAGAUAUUGGAUUGAGA